ACCAAGCAGCUCUGCUUGGGUUUGAGCUCAGAGGAAGGAGCCUAGAGCUCCCACCAACUGAAAAUCGACAUGUUAAAAAAGAAGGAAGCCAAUCCCUGUGCUGUUAAACAGACUUUGGGGGUUUUGGGGAAGGGAGGAAGGGGAGGAGAGAGUUUAUAGGCAGGAAGAAACCUGUGUCUUUAGACAAAAAAGAACGAAUUCGAGGUUGGUUGAUUUGGGGGCGAAAUGGGGGUUUGUGGCUGCUGGAGAGAGAUAUAUUUAUGUAUUUGCAGCAAGAUGCUGUUUGUGAUGGUUUUUAACGUGAUGCUUGGAGGAGGCAAGGAAGGUCAAAGCCAGCCAGGCUCCUGAGGCAGCCUCUGGGGAGAAAAAAAGCAGGAAAAGGAGAAAAUCUGGGACAAAUUCAGCCUCUUCUCCUGUGGGCCUGGCAGAAAAGGGUUAAGUGAAGCGGUUGGAUGCUGCAAGCCUGGUCAGGGUUGUACUAUUUUUUCUAGUGCAUAAGGAGAAGGGAGAGGAGGGUUGCACGGAGAAGGGAAAUUUCCAAGAAAAGAGGGAUCUGCGGCAAGAUCUGCACCUCGGGGGAUGAGGAGAGGAACCGACAGGCAUAAAUGGCCUGGAGACGGCUGAGGUCUUUGCCGAGGAGAUUGGGACCACGGGGUUAUUUUCCACCUGCCUCCCCUACCCGGUGCGGUAAUCCUGGCUCAAAGUAGACAAGUCGAGUUGGAGCUGAAGAAGGGAGGCGAUGCCACACCUCCCGAGGACACUGGGGACAUCGGGGUUUGCUGAGCUUAGCAGCUUCUCGCCGUCCUACCAAAGGCAUCAGCCAGAUGCUCCUCUGCCCUGAAGUGCGGAUCUGCAACAGCUCCCGAGAAGACCUGGUCUCUCUGUCUCUCUGUCUCUCUUUCUCUCUCUCUCCAGUCCAAACCAUUACAAGACCUGACUUCCACCAUCUGGGAAUCUAACCCCUCUUAUUGUCCCCUUCUCCUAUAUUUAUUAUUAUUAUUAUUUAUUUUAUUUUUUUCCUACGAUGACUCACCAUUAUUUUUAACUUUGAAGAGAGAGGAAAUUAUGGGGAUCUUGGAAGCCUGUGUUUCUCUCUAGGAUUUCCCCAGGGUCAGAUAAUCGGUGUUCCUAAGAGACACUAAGAUUUGGCUUCUCCAGCAGGGGCAAUUUUCUUUCCUUUUUUAUUUUUAUUUUUUUCCAAUUUUCUUUUUUUAUUUUUUCUCUCUCUUUUCUUCUUCUUCUUCUUUUUUUUUUUUCCUUUACAUUUUUAUUUGCUUUCUUCUUCAUCCCUUCGCCUUUUCAUGAGACUCUUCCAAACCUACGUACCUGUCCUCCUGCAGGGGAGUAACCCCUGCCCCGACUCCGCUCCCGCCACCGGGCGCCGGGAAGAGUUUAGCAUAAGGGAUUUCUUUCCAACCCCAAUAUGACAGUUGCUACUGGAGAUCCUGCAGACGAAGCUGCAGCUCUUCCUGGUCACCCACAGGACACCUACAACCCCGAGACCGACCAUGAAUGCUGCGAGAGGGUGGUCAUUAACAUUUCGGGGCUGCGCUUCGAGACGCAGCUCAAGACUUUAGCCCAGUUCCCGGAGACUUUAUUAGGAGAUCCUAAAAAAAGAAUGAGGUAUUUCGACCCGCUCCGGAAUGAGUAUUUUUUUGACAGGAACAGACCCAGCUUCGAUGCUAUUUUGUACUAUUACCAGUCUGGGGGGAGGUUGAGGAGACCAGUUAACGUGCCCUUAGAUAUCUUCUCGGAAGAGAUCCGUUUCUAUGAACUGGGGGAAGAAGCCAUGGAGAUGUUUCGGGAGGAUGAAGGCUACAUCAAAGAAGAGGAAAGGCCGUUGCCUGAGAAUGAGUUUCAGAGACAAGUCUGGUUGCUCUUUGAGUACCCCGAGAGCUCGGGCCCUGCCAGGAUUAUAGCUAUUGUCUCAGUCAUGGUGAUUUUGAUCUCCAUCGUCAGCUUUUGCCUGGAAACUUUGCCCAUUUUUCGGGAUGAGAACGAAGACAUGCACGGCAGCGGGCUGAGCCACCCCCCCUACUCCAACAGCAGCAUGGGCUACCAGCAGUCCACCUCCUUCACAGACCCCUUCUUCAUCGUGGAGACACUUUGCAUCAUCUGGUUCUCCUUCGAGUUCUUGGUGAGGUUUUUCGCCUGCCCCAGCAAGGCUGGGUUUUUUACCAACAUCAUGAACAUUAUAGACAUUGUAGCCAUCAUUCCCUACUUCAUCACCUUAGGGACGGAGCUGGCCGAGAAGCCAGAGGAUGGUCAGCAAGGCCAGCAAGCCAUGUCCUUGGCCAUCCUCAGAGUCAUCCGGCUGGUCAGGGUCUUCAGGAUCUUCAAGCUCUCCCGACACUCCAAGGGGCUGCAGAUCCUGGGCCAGACCCUCAAGGCCAGCAUGCGGGAGCUGGGUUUGCUCAUCUUCUUCCUCUUCAUCGGCGUCAUCCUCUUCUCCAGCGCCGUCUACUUCGCCGAGGCCGACGAGAGCGAGUCCCAGUUCCCCAGCAUCCCCGAUGCCUUCUGGUGGGCCGUGGUUUCCAUGACGACUGUUGGCUACGGAGACAUGGUCCCCACCACCAUUGGGGGCAAAAUUGUGGGUUCCUUGUGUGCCAUCGCUGGGGUAUUAACCAUUGCCUUACCAGUGCCCGUCAUAGUGUCCAACUUCAACUACUUCUACCACCGGGAGACGGAGGGAGAGGAGCAGGCUCAAUAUUUGCAAGUAACCAGCUGCCCAAAGAUCCCCUCUUCCCCUGACCUAAAGAAAAGCAGAAGUGCCUCUACUAUUAGUAAGUCUGAUUAUAUGGAGAUUCAGGAAGGCGUAAACAAUAGCAACGAGGAUUUUAGGGAGGAAAACUUGAAGACAGCCAAUUGCACCCUCGCUAACACAAACUAUGUGAACAUCACCAAGAUGCUCACCGAUGUCUAGUCGCUCAGAUCUUGUCCCCUCUUUAAGGCUGAAUUGGAACAUCUGCAGAUUAUCGAGUGGCUGCUCUGCAUUGUAGUUAAUACAGUAUUUUCUACGGUGUAUCUUUGGUUCUGCAUGGGAAGCAAUAGCUGUGUAAGUGACUUUUAACCUUUGAUUUCCACCCCGAAAAAAGCGUUUGUGCAAAAAAAUCCCCCCCCCAAAAAGCCAAGAUGACAACAAAAAAAGCCCCACAAGGUUUCAUUUCCCUCCUCCCAUCCCAGGCUCGUGCGUUUCCAAAGAGCCCGAGCGGUUGGGCAGCUGAAGAAACGGGGUGGGGAUACAGUGGGGCAACUCCUGUCCCAUGGAACUGGUGGCCAAGCAGCUUCCAGAAACUGGGAACGGCUGGGAAAAGGUCAGGCAGAGCUUGGUGAGGGGAAGCUGAGGUCGUGUGCCCGGAUGGCUCCGAGGCUCGAGUUUCCGCCCCGCGAAUGCCAAGUGCGUCGCCCGGGCUCGUGUUUCAUAACUGCAAAUGCUGCAUGCUGCAAGAGUUUCAGCCACUGCAGUGUGCCAGGCUGAGGCCCAGGGGAGGGAUAAUUAGUCUGACAGCACAUUAUUUAUGAAGUCUUCAAUUUUUCUAUCCUGGGCAGCCGGGAGGGACCAGUAAAUAAAUCAAGCGCUUGGGCUUUAUUCGUUUCUUUAGAUCUUCGCUUCCAUCACCAAUAUUUCCAGGCUCACCAAAGACACCUCCACUGACACAUUGAAAAUGAGUUGGGGAAAAAAAGAAAAAAAACAGCAUCUUUUGGUUUGUUGUUUGGUUUUAUUUUUUAUUUUGAAAAAUAUCUAUAUAUAAAACUGGAGCAACUAUGCUGUGGCCUAUAAUAUAUUUAUACUGCAGUGAAAUUUAACCAGUAAUACCAGUACAGCUGCAUGGGUAGUUGUUGCAUGAAUCUGAAUAUUUAAUACACACACAAAUAUAUAUUUUCUUAGUAGAUGAUAAAGUAUUCAUGUUUAUAGUGUUUCUAGAUUCUCCGGUGGCUCGAAGGAGGUUCAGGGGAGUUAAAAAUUCUCUGAUAGAGUUAAAAACUGGCUGGGGAAGGCACGUGCUGACAGCAGGGUGAUAGAUACCAAGGUGUCCCAGCACCCAGACACAAGAGCCAGCAAGGGAAGGUGAGCUGAAAGUGAAACACCUGCACCCAUGAUGGGGUGAGUAAUGAGUCAUUCAUCUUGGUGUCAUGGACAGAAACCACGGAGAGGGCAGGAGGAGCAGGUGGAACAGCAGGUCCUGGCUCUCCUGAGCUGCCUGCUCAGCACUUCCCAGCCUUUUCCCCAACAAUUCCUGUGUGUGUGUAUGUAGAUAUUUAGAGAGCGACUCCAGGGCCCAAUCCUCAGCAAUUGGGAGUGCUCAGGGCAUUGGGGGAUGGUCAGGAUGGUGGGACAUGAGCUGGACCUGCCCCAGGCUGCCCGUGGUGUCACCAGGGCAGGGGGGAAUUUUUUGGGCUGGAAAACUCCUUUUCAAGCUUGUAGAGCCUGCAGGGCUGGUGGUUGAUGCCCUGGUGGCUGAGAGGGCCCGUGCUGAGGCUGGGGCUGCUCCCAGCCUUUGCUUUUUGGAUUUUUGGAGGGGUGAGUUGAGGUGCAGAGACCUCAGGGUUGUCUCUGCUUCUUCUUCAGCCCUGGUGUUGCCCAGGGUUAGGUGGGAGUUAUGGAUCAUGGGGGAAUCUCAUCUGCUUUCCCCAAUCCCAUCUGGAUUCCCUUGUGUUACCCCUCCCAUUGCAGACAAUCCCCAGGGACAGGUGCCCUGUUCCUCUUGCCAGGUCAUGGGAGAGGGAUUCAAACCUCUUCCAAGAUCAUGGUCCAAGCAAUACCCCACCCCUGAGCUCCAGGAUGGGGUUCUUAGCAGCCUGUUGAGUUGGGGUGAAUUUGAGGUGAACUGGGGCAUGCUCAGGGCUGCACUGGUGGGCAGGAGGGGGGAACCCCCCUGCAGAGCAUGCAAGGAAGGUCCAUCAGAGCCUGCCUGAGCUUGGAGGAAAACCACACAAAGAACAAUAAACCCAAAGGUGCUAAUGUAUCCUACAGCAAUGGCUCCAGAUCCUGGAGGGCCAGAUCCAGCUCUGGUGCUGAUGUGGCUCCACUCAGCCAGGUGGAAUUUUUUACUUGAUUGGUUGAUUGAUUGAUUGAUUGAUUGAUGGAUUGAUUGAUCCAGGCCUGGCCAUAAUUAAUACCAAGUGUUGAGGGUUAGUUCACCAGAGUCUUGGCUUCUGCUUGGUGCAGAGAACUCAUGCUCAGCACCAUGCAGGAUGGGACCCAGGCCUGUCUUUAAUUACAUCUCGUUAUAUCAGGAGCCCUCUCCUCCCUUUCUGCUGCUGCAGCUCUGAAGUGGGAGCUCCUGAAGCCCUUUAAGAUCUCAAACACUUAUCAACAGAAGGAACACAACGAAAAGCAAUAAAUUUCUGCUGCUGAAGCUCAUCCUGUUGGAUGGGAUGGGGCUGGUGGGAGCCCCUGGCUCAGGCACAAUUCCCAGGGCCACCAGUGAACUUCCAUUGAUCCAGCUCAUGGUGGGUCCAUGGGGAUGGGAUUUUGCACGGGGAAGCUGCCUGUGGUGCUGGGGUGCUGCCUGCCCACCCGUGGGUGCCCCCAGCACUGGGUGAUCCCACCCCUGGUGUGUGGGGAAGCACCAUGAGGCUGAGGGCAGGUUCCUGCAGGGGUUUUGGGAAGAUGUUGGUCCUCCAUGAGGCUUUUUUUGCAAAGUUUUGGGUGGUUUAAUAACUGUGGGAUCCAGGUCAUUUUUGGAGGGCAUCUGCCCAAAGUACUGGUUGCCUCUGGGGCGUGUGAGACCUGUUGUGGUUUGGUAAGGAGGAAGAAGAUGGUUUUUUGGGGGUGUUGUUUUGGGCACCGUGUCCCCAUGGGCUUUCUGAAGCUGGGCAGGAGGGGAGAGCAGGUCCAUGAGCAGGAUCAGGCACAUCCAAAGCCAUGUGCCAAGCUGGGGGGGGGUGUCCUGGCUGCCUCAGGAAGCCCCAGAGCCUCAUGGCAGGGACAAAUGGGGCCGAAGAGCAAGAGGCCACAGAGUUCCUCCUGCUGUCACUGAUGUGAGGUGACAUCUGUCCCCAUGGCAGGGGCCAGCAUGGCCAGUCCCUUCCUUAGGGCAGAUCUUGCACCUCUUGCCCUGACCCAGGCAGAUGUUCCUGGGGAAAAAGGAGCAUUUCUGCUGACCUUGGCAUGGUGGGAAGCAGGGAAUGCACCUUGAUAAGUGCUCAGAUGUUUGGUUCAGGGCAAAAAAUGUCCAUGGGGGCUGUGGGUGGCAGUGAUCCCUCAGGCUGCGGGGAGCAGGAGGGUUCAGGUUUCUCUCCCAUUCAGGGACAUGGUUCCCCAGUAGCUUUUAAUGGUAUUUGUGCCUGCAGGUCGGAGCUCUCGUGCUAUUUCUAGCUUUGCUUCUGACUCACUGACGUGAUCUUGAACCAGUUUUCAGGAGGAGACUGUGUUUUCCUUUUUUUCUUCUCGAGGAAUGUGCUUGGUGAGACUCUGGACCUGUUCCUGUGGGGAUGCUGAGCAUCCCAAACUCCCCUUGACUCCAAAAGGGUGCAGAAAUGAGCUGCAAAGGGUGCUGAAUGAGGGACUGGGGAAGGGAAGGAUCCCACCAUCCCUGUUAGAUUGCAUCAGGCCACCUAAAGUGGGUAUUCUGGCUCCUUUCCUCCUCCUGUGGAGAUGUUGGCCUCUCUCCAGGGGUGGGAUGGAGGACUGUGAAGGACCUCCUGGCUUGGCACCCAGAGGAGGCAGCACCUGUGUUUUAGUUUCAUCCUUUGUGCCACGGUUUUGGGGAGAUGGAAAGUGGUGAUGGCACUGCAGGUUGUCUUCUAACACCCAACCACAUGCCUCAGCAUGCAGGCAACCCAUCAGCUCCUUGAUAUCUUCCAAAGCCUCUGCUGAGGGUGACGGGGUGAGGUUCAUACACCAGCUGGGCACCACCAGGGGGGCAGGGCUGCUAAGAAAAUAUCAUCUGUGUGGAGCAAUGGACUUUACUGGGGACAACAACCUCUGCAGAGACGUUCUGUGUUGAAGUCCUGCAGAUCUGAACAUGGAGAAAAGGAUCUCUGGGUUGGUGUUAGGAGAGUGGAGCACGUGGGUGUGUAAAUAUGGGCAUAUUUGUGCAUAAAUACACAGAAGGAGAGAAAAAGAGGAGGAGGAGGAGGUAUUUCAGGAAGGGCCUUGCAGUGUUAUCUGAUCAUUCCUGGGUCAGCCCUUGAAACUGCUGCCAAAGUCUUGUAGCUUUUCCAGAGCUUGAGUUCCACUUAGGGAUGGGAGAGAGAUCAGGGUAUUGGGAUCUGGCCUUGGAAGUGGGAGCUUCCCAAGGAGCUGGUGGCAUUUGGUUCUCUGUGUCCCUCUGCAAACCAGCAGCUUUGCAGCAUCUCUGCUCUCCAGCCCCAGCCUGGCCCAGCUCUUCUUGUGACUGUGCAGGGAAAACCAGGCAGAAGCUGAAGGGAUUUGUUCCCAGUGCAAGUGCUGGGCAGCACCAGCUGGGCUUUUGGGUUUCUUUUCUCUUGUAAAGGUUGGAUUUUCAGCCUCUUGAACCGUGUUGGCUGUUGGGCCCAAGGCAGUGGCAAGAAACAUCUCCCUGUUUUGGAGCCAGGGUGGGUUUAUCCCAAGUUUUAUGUCCAUGGAAGGAUCCCAGGGUUUUCCUUGGUCAGUGGGAGCUGGUCAGUGUGUUGCUGGGGUGAGGAAAGGAGGAGUGAGCCCCAAACCAUCUUGUUUUGCACCCAAAAAGAAAGGCUCGGGCUCCCUCCUCCCACCCCUGGCAGUGUUUGACCUUCUCCACAUCCAACACAUCCCUCAGUCCCCUCCCUGGGGACCUGCCAGGAACCCUGAGGGGGGGUCAAGGGUCCCCUCUGUGCAGCAGCCACUGUCCCCAAGGCACUGCCCUUCCCCAGCCCCCCCUGAGCAGCCCCCCAUGCCCCCCAGGAUGUUUGGCCACCCAAAUUUCAUCCCUCCCUCCUCCAAAAUGGGUCACAUCCCAUGGCGGGGAGGGGGGGGGGGGUUGCUCAGAGGGACCAGCCUCCAGGGGUGUAAAUCAACCCCCAGAGCACAGCCCUGAUUUACACCCGGGGACAAGAUCCCCCAGCCCAGUUUCAUGUGGAGAGAGGAAAAAUUCCUUAUCCCUGUUUUCCCCACCAGGGAAGGAGAGUGUGGUUUGUAGGAGCUGCUGGGCAUCACGGAACCAGGCGUGGUCCACACACAUGGACCAUGAUGGGGACCACGUCCCCCCCCCCUGCCCCCUCCCCAUCCUGAGCUUGGGGUUGGCAUGUUGAGGUUUGGUUUUCUUUGGAAUUUCAUGGGAUUGGACCGUUUCUGCUGCCUGUAAGACUGUGAGCACCCCUUGGCACCUGCUCCCUCCCUGCUCCAGCCUGUGCCCUUGGCCUCCAAUGUCACCCUCUGCAAGGAGGGGGGGGACACACAAUGAAAAGGGUAUUGGAUCAACCCCCUCCCUCCGUGUGGUGCCUAAUUUGAGCAGAUCAAUAGGAAGAGGAAACCCAAGAAGGACUCAUCCUAAGGAUGCUGGAGCCGACCCUUUGGUUUCCAUGGUUACAGGAGGAAUGGGACCAGGAAUGGAGAGGCCUGGCAACUGUGGCAGGAGGAAUUUCAAGGCAUUUAACCCUGCCUUUGCCAGACCAAGAUCUAGACACCAGCUGGAUCCCAGUUGCACACAAUUCCAAUUCCAACGCCCUUCUUGGACACCCUCAGGGGGUGUCCCAGGGGGUCGGGUGGGUGAGGGGCUGGGAGGGAACCCCCCCCCAAAUCAAUAAGGCUGACCCUUGUAUAUAGGUAUACAGAGCUGUGUACAUACAUACUGCAAAUGAGCAUUUGCUGUCUGGUUUCUCAUGAGUGUACAUAAAUUUAUUCUUCACAGAGUAUCACAAUUUUUGUAAAUAUCAGCACUAAUGGAGAGAAAAUAAAUAUGUAUAUUAUUGAGGA